UUGCCAUGGUAUCUUAAUUAUUUAGCAGGUAGUUGCUCGUCGCCUAGCGACGGUCUGAUUAGUGGGCUACAUAGGAGCGGAAUCUUCCGGAAUCUCCUCCGCCGGACACCUUGACCAGUAUUCAACACCGGCCACAGCGCACCAGGCCGUCAGGAUGUCGACGAUCGAGGCCAAGCCGUGCCUCCACCACAGCGUGGCCGACUGGCAGAACAACAACCGCCAGCUGUCCGCCACCGCCGAGCACGAGAGGGACGUCUCGCACGUGAUCCGCCAGGAGGGGCGGGGCCUGCGCAACGAGACCACCAUCAAGACGUGGUGGGAUGAGAGCGACACCUGCCGGCGGCUGGGGGAGCGGCUCUGGGACGUGUCGCGCUGUAAAGACUCCCUGGAGUCCAGCGCGGUGGAGGUGGACACGGAGAUGGAGGCUCUGACGCUGGCGAAGGAGGAGCUGGAGCAGGCGCUGGGGGCCACGGCGGUCCCGCUGCAGGUCACCCAGGAGUGUCUGACCCUGAGGCAGGGGAGGCGGGGCCUGGAGCUGGUCGGCGACCCCGUGGAGGAGGAGCUAAAGCAGGAAGUGAGGCUGAUCGAGAGGGUCCAGCAGGAGCUCCAGCAGCACGUCGGCCGCACCUUUGAGCAGCUGUGCGUUCUGCAGGAGGCCCGUCACCAGCUGACCAUGGACCUCCAGAACAAGAUGGACGCCCUGGACGUUGACCGGAUCUGCCUGUCGCUCACCGUGAAGUCGGCCCAGAUCUCCCUGAAGACCAACCCACUGCGCAUACCUCCAGGUACCGUGACCCCUCAAGAGUGGGCGCAGUUCAGCCAGUAUAACGUGACCGUCGCCCAGGAGGCUGUGCUCCUUUCGCAGCAGAUGAGGGAGAACGCCAGCCUGACCCGCUCCAAGCUGCAGAAUGAGUUGGAGAAGCAGCGCAGAGCCACCGAGUUCGCCCUCCGCAAACGCACCCACACCGAGGAGCAGUCCCGCCAAGAGCUGGAGUGGCAGCUCAAGAUCACUGAGGACGAGAUCUCUGAGAUGGAGGCGGACAUCCGGGGUCUGGACCAGGACCUCCGGGUGAAGACCGCCUCCCUGAAGCUGGCCCACACCCGGCUGGAGAACAGGACCUGCCGACCCGGCAUGGACCUCUGCAGGGACCAGGUUCAGCUGGGGCUGGUGAGGGAGGUGCAGCAGCUGGAGGCCUCCAUCAAGGCCCUGGACCAGAAGCUAGGCGAGGCGCAGCACUCCCUGCAGAAGAUGUGUCUCCAUCACGCUCGCAUGACCCAGGACCUCAACAGGAAGCAGGAAGCCCUCUCUCUGGAGCAACGCAGUCUCAACACGCGCCACCGCCUCACCGACGCCACCUGCGCCGCCGUGGGCGGAGACAAGCCGGCCGUCGCCGGAGUCGUCCCGCUCGCCAACUCCAGCGGCCGGAGCCGUCUGAGGACCCUGGCCUGAAGGCGCUGGCCUGAAGGAGCUGGCCUGAAGGCACUGGCCUGAACAAGAUUCUGUGUCGGUGGUUGUGGUGAGGAGAUUUUUAAAAGUUAUCUGAAGGAACAGCUUUGGUUUUUUGUGUUAUUUUGGUCGCUGGGAAUCAAUGUUAAAUGUUGAAAGGGAGGAAGAAGAGAUGAGGGAAGAAAGGAAUGAGUCACAGGGAAAUUGCUGGCUGUCGCGGCCUCUGAGGAAUUGAGGAUUGGUAGAUCUGAGAAGAAGUGUUGAUGACUCACUGUGAAUUUAAAGGUUAAGCAAAGGAUUGACCUUGGAAGAGAGGGAGGGAGGAAAGGAAGGAAGGAAGGAAGGGAGAAAAACAGUUAUCCUAAUUCCUUGAAAGCUUUGAAGAGAACAUGCACAAUGAGAAAACUCCUGUUUAGAUUCAAAAUUACAUAAGAUCACAAAAGAAUAUACUAUUUAAAAAAACAUGUGUUUAAGAUGUGAAAUGUUGGGUUACGGAAAAGGGGGAAGACUAAAUAAAGCGUAAUGCAAUAAAUCGACAACA